UCUAAGUCAACACAUUUGUUGUUGAAUCAAUAAAAACAUGUCUCUUCACAUCUUUAUAGCUGUUAAGAUUUUUUAUUCUUUUAAUUACAAAAUUACCAAUUUAUAUUAUUGUCUUUGGGCUGUCAGUGCCUCACAAUACUCAAACAUCAUCGUACUAUGGGCGAACCGUCAAUUACGUCCUUGUACUUUAGAAACACUCAAUUGAGCCCGUCAACUCUUCAAAAACAUUCAAUUAAGGCUUUGUAACCGGGUGUCUCCCGGUUUGCCUGUUGCCCACUGAUCUCGCAGCUUACGUGGAGGUCAUUUACCUCUCUAGUAAGCUGAGUUAAUAUUUUUUAAACACCUCAGCCACCUACUCUAUCCUUCCCCAACACUGCUCCGUAGCCCUAAGCCCCUAACCACCUUUAUUCGAAGGUCUGUGAAGAAGGGAAGCCGCCAUCGCUGGUAAACAGAGUACAAAGAACAAUAUAAGAAGGGUGAGGAGAUGAGGGUGCAGCUAAAUCUCGGUAAAAGAAGUGGAAUUUUAUGUUGUUGGGUGGAUUGUUGCCUUGUUGGUGACUACCCUUCUUUCAUUAGCUUUUAGAAAGCAGAGGAAACUGACCGGAAAAGUCGACGGCGGAGAUGACUAUCCUUACACCAGGCACCAGCUACUAAUAUUCUCUCUCUCCCCACAAAAUCAGUUUUCCACCUUCAAUCUUUAUCUCCAUCGGAAGCACAAAGUUGGGUGGAAACUCCCUGGUAUCUUCUUUCUUUGUUUGAGUGGAUGAAAUUGGAUUAGUUGUAAAUCUGCUCUCUAUUUCGUAACCUCCUUAUUCUCUGUCUCUAGCUCUACGGAGUACGGACCAAAUUUCUUAAACGCGGAAGGGCUAUGGUCGGAGCAUGUUGGGGAAAGAAAGGAGCUGAUGUGUUCAAAAGUAUAAGGGCUCUGCUGGAACUCGAAGGUGGAGGGCAUCUGCAACGACGUGCCGAUGCUCUGCGGGUCUUUUUUUGCAGAGCAGCCAACGAACUGCCGGAUGGCUUGCACGGACUUGGGAAUUGGAAUGGAGAUUGACAGGGAUGUGAAGAGGGAGAAAGGGAAGGGGCUUGUGAGGGAAUUGAUUGAGGGGGGAAAGGGGAGGGAGAUGAGGAAGAAAGUCAUGGAAUGGAACAAGAUGGCUGAAGAUGCUGCUGUGUUUCAAACUGUUCAUCUCCGCCGCCGGGCUAUGGAGAUGUUGGUGAAGGAACCGAAGGAUAGGGAAGGAUGGGAAAGGAUAGGGAAAAGGAAAGAGACUGAUGUGUUAAAAAAUAUUGACUGAGUGUAUUAGAUGACCUCCACGUAAGCGUUCAGCUCAGCGAGCAAUAGGCAAACCGGGAGACAACCGGUAAUAUAGACUUAAUUGAGUGUUUUCGGAGACUUGACGGGCUCAAUUGAUUGUUUCCAAAGUACAGGGCGUAAUUGAAGAUUCGCGUAUAGUACGAGGGCGUAAUUAACAGUUUUCCCUAUACAUAUAUUUAAGAGUAGAUGAAACCCCAUUUUUUAGUUGGAUGGUGUUCUAAAAAAUGAGGUCAUAUUUAGUGGGAAAUGCUUGACAUGGUAAAAAUACGGGAUAUUUUUGGGGAUUUCUCAAAUAGCGGGAUUUGGGCUGUCAAAUCCUAAAUGUAUAUUAAUUCCGCGUUGGUCUUAGUUAUCUAGUCAUGGCCAAUGCUCUUUAGACAUUUUGAAAGCCACGUGUACAUUUAGCCUUUAGGUAAU